GCCUGGAGUGAUCCAUUGACUUCAAAGCCCUCCCUGGAACUGUUAACCAGCAACACUGGGGCUGUGUGAUGGACCCAGGCACCCUGGGCUGGGAAUUUGGGCAUGAUUAGGACAAGGGGUUGUUGUUUCUAGGGAGAUGCCAGGCAGGAGUGGAAAAGUCAUCCAGCUCUCUGCCACCCCUGCACUGCAUUGUCCUGGUGGCCAGGGGGGCCAUUGUCCUGGUGGCCAAGUGGGCCAUUGUCCUGGUGGCCAGGGGGGCCAUUGUCCUGGUGGCCAGGUGAUCCAUUGUCCUGGUGGCCAGGUGAGCCAUUGUCCUGGUGGCCAGGUGAUCCAUUGUCCUGGUGGCCAGGUGGGCCAUUGUCCUGGUGGCCAGGUGGGCCAUUGUCCUGGUGGCCAGGCGAUCCAUUGUCCUGGUGGCCAGGCGAUCCAUUGUCCUGGUGGCCAGGUGAUCCAUUGUCCUGGUGGCCAGGUGGGCCAUUGUCCUGGUGGCCAGGUGGGCCAUUGUCCUGGUGGCCAGGUGAGCCAUUGUCCUGGUGGCCAGGUGGGCCAUUGUCCUGGUGGCCAGGUGAGCCAUUGUCCUGGUGGCCAGGUGGGCCAUUGAUCUGGUGGCCAGGUGGGCCAUUGGGGCUGUGCUGGAACUGCUGCCUUCACAAAAGCCAGCAGGAAGAUUGUCCUGGGUCAAACUCCAGCUCUGCCCGUGAGCUUUGCCCUUCUGAGACGCAUCAUCUCUUUCAGAUGCUGACACAGGGCACUUGGGGCUGGGGAAUCUUCCCACUGAAGCAGCAACUUCUUCCUUUUUGCUAUUUAUAUCUGAAAUGAUUCUUGGAGUUUUGCUUCCCAUCCCGUAACAAAGUGAACUCGGUGGCCUCCAAAUGCUGAUAACUUGGUGAGAAAAGGGAUCCCACUCACAGCCCUCCAAGCAGCAAAAGAAGCUUUUUGCAACAUCAAAACCAUUUGGUUGAACUCAAAGGAGUUUCAAUUUGUGCUGCCAAAAUUGCAGCGGGGAUGGGAAUACUUCUGCCAUCUGUGGGGGGCAGUCCAAGGAAACAUUUUGUCAUCUUGCAGUGAUUUAAAUGUGGAGAGCUCAUCCCCAGUUUCCUUAAGAUCAGCAGGGAGCCCUGCACUUCGCCAGGAGUAUUGACUUUGUUCCCCAUAAAGUUUUCUUACUCUGAAACUCCCUAAACUUUGUGUUCCUUGUUUCCUGCCCUGCAUCUUCUUCCCCCCACCCCUUAUGGGGACAGCCCUUUUUUCAUUUCUGAUUUCAAAUAUUUUUUUCUGUAGGUUAUUUUGUCCAGAAAAGGGGGCAGAAAAGGUUUAUUAUAUUUAAAGUCUCUGAAUGGUGUCCUUGUCCACGAGGGAAAAUUGGCAAGCUUGCAGCCUUCUCUUACAGAGAGGGAAUUAUUUCACUUCCACCUACAGCAUACUUGCCAUGUCAGGCCAGCUUUUGACAUUUGUGCUGCUCUGGGACAGCCAAGAGGCUCUUGGUGGCUUCUGGAUUGUUCUGUGCCCUCUCUGUGGCUGCUGAGGGCUGGCUGCAGCUGGAGCUGGUGGCUUUGGCAGCUCCCAGUGCCCUUGGGUGUUGUCCCCUUUUGUCUUGGUGCUGCUCUGGCCUCGUGGGGCUCCAGGAAUGAGCUUGGGAAGGAUUUUGUGGUUCAGCCCCCAGCAGAGAGCAGGAGCAGCUCAGCCUUGCUCUGGGUGAGCCCGUCUGCUGGAGCAGUCAUUUCCACCUGGGUGUUUUCCAGAUUGGAGCAGGGCAUGGAAAAGGAGUGUCCCAGCUGGCCCCAGCCCUGCUGCACGUGGAGCUGGCACUGCAGGGACACUGCAGGGACACUGCAGGGACACCACCGUGCUCCCUGGGAUGGAGAGGAAGGAGCCAGAUGUGCCCACAGGGGUGCCCCAGCAGGGCUUGCCUGGCAUCACCACCCAGUCACAGGAAAAGCAGACAGGAAUCCUUCCCAGGCAGCAAAACCACAGCAAAGGGAGAAGGGGAAGAGCCAGAGGAGCUGGGGGCUGGUGCUGCACCCAGGGAUCAGCUGCUGGCUGUGAGACAGGGACAGGGACAAAACUGCACAGCCUCCCUGCUCCAGGAGCUUUGUGUCAUCUCCACAUUCUGGUGGAGAGAAGGUGGGCCAGCUGUGAUGGGUGGCAGGAGGGACCCUGGCAGAUUUCCCUCCCCAGCUCUCUCUGCAAGUGCAGCACGGUUUCCUUGAUCAGAUUUGGUUUUCUUAUCUCCUCAGCCCCUGUGUGCCAGCUCAAGGCUGUGCUGGGGGGUGCUUUCCACUGUGGGUGACAAGGACACCUCAGAGCUGGCCCAGAAACGUGGCAGGGCCACGUGUGUGCCGGGGUGGCCGUGGCAGCAGGAUGCUGUGGCUUCCAGAGCUGCUCACACAAACACAGAGAGCCCCAGGGCUGCAGCCUGGGAGGAAACGGUGAGGGCUGGGGCUGAGCUGCAGCUCCUGGGCCAGGCAGGGUGGCUCUGGGGGCAUGGCAGGGCCCUGGGCCUGCUGGGGGCUGCAGCUCUUGUCACGGUGUCACAGAAUCACCUGAGGACAUCCUGAGCUGGAAGGGACCCACCAGGAUCGCCAAAGUCCAGCUCCUGACCCUGCACUGGGUUAAAGUAAUUCAUUAAGGCAGAUAAAAGCCAAGAUCUGGGAUGUCCCCAGAGCCAGCCUGGACAAUCCCAGCCCCUGCAACCUCCCCCCAUGUGAGAGAAGGUGGGCCAGGUGUGAUGGGUGGCAAGGAGGGCACCUGAGAGCAUUUCCUACCCCAGCUCUCUCUGCAAGUGCUCUCUCCAUGUGCUCCGACCCUCCCAUCUCCCCCUCCUGUGCACACACGAUGGACAGAGGGGUCCAAACCCUUUCCAUGACCUCCUGAAGGCUCUUAAUGAGAUUCCUUAAUUGCUGCAGGGGUGGCCUGCAGACCCAGCACAGGAUUUCCCCAUAACCCCUGAGUGUUCACAGGCAUUCAGAAGACCAACAGAGAACAAACCCAUCCACAGGGAUGGCCCUGGGGGCCCCAGACUCCUCCAGGAGCUCUGCACCAGCAGCACAGUCCCAGGAGAAGCCUGCAGGGACCCUCACCUGCAGUGCCCUGGCACCUCUGUCCUCGAGGGCCCUGGUGGCCUCCCGUGCCCCUGGGCAGCGCCUGGCACCCAGGGGCACCCCUGGCAGGAGCCUUCCCACCUGAUGGCUUUUGCUUUCCACCCCCCUGGCCCUUUGUGCCUGCAGGGGAGGGUUUGUGGGCACUGCCCUCUGAGUGCCAGCGGGGUGAGUAAGAGCCAAGCCCUGCUGGGGCCAGCAGCUGUCCCACCCUUGGCCACUGGGCAGUGUUUGGUGACACUAUCUCUCCAGAUAAGCUUUUUACGUGUGGUUUUUCUCUUUGUUUUAGCCACGGAGAAAGUUCCAGGCGUUCAGACACGCCCAGGAGGCAGGAGCUGUCCUGGCCAGGGUGGGAGGAGCGAGCUGGGGCUCCCUGCCACCUUGGGGGCACCUGGGUACCUGGCCAGGAGAGGCUGCUCCUGGUCUGCCAGACCCCAAAUCCUUCCAGAUCCUGCUGUGGUGAGCACAGGAUUAAGAUGAGCCAUGGGAAAAAUCGAGGUGACCAGCAAAGCCCUUUAACUUGAGUGGGCUUUCUCUUAUUAAUUUAAAUUUAAUGUUUAUUAGCACCUGGGCAGGAGAGGCUGCUCCUGGUUUGCCAGGCCCAAAAUCCUUCCAGAUCCUGCUGUGGUGAGCACAGGAUGAGCCAUGGGAAAAAUCGAGGUGACCACCAUUCAACCUGAGUGGACUUCCUCUUAGAAAUUUAAAUUUAAUGUUGCCUGCUGCAAAGGUGUUUUGGAAAGGAAAGGUUUUGUGGUGUCUGCGUGCAGAGCUCUGUGUUUUUGUUUUGUUUCACAUGUUUUAUUUAAGCUGUCACAAAGGUUUUCACAGGCAGUGAGAGCAAGUUCCUUUCUCUUUCAACCCAGCUGCCCAAACCUGUUCCUGUGUGUGCAGCCAGAGCAUCCCCUGGAGCUGGGAGUGAACCCAGGGGGCUCUGAGCUCCUUGGCUGGGGUUGAUUUGGGGCUGGGGGCUCUGCCUGUGGCUGUCACUCCUUGUGUGGCUCAGAUAGCUCAGAGAUGGAGCCCCCAGUGACUUUUGGGGUGGCUGUAAUGGACUGGAGGCUGAACCAUGGAUGGUGGGUUUGCAGGAGCUUGGAUGUGGCACAGGAACCCCGUGUCCCCCCAGCUGCCUGGGCUGAGGAAGUCCCUGGGUUUCUUGUGCAGAGGAAAUCAUUACAAACAGGAUGUUUGCUCCCUGCACAGCCACAGGGCCCCGAGCAGCAGCAGCAGCAGCAGGAGGUGUGGGUGCUCCCAGCUCUCCCAGCUGCUGAUGUCACCUCGAUGGCAGAGCGCUCUGCAGGCUGGCCCUGCUCCUGGAGGAAGUGUGCUCAGAGGGUGAUCUGGGACACUGCCAGCUGGGUUUGUUUAAAUUGCAUUUCCGGGCUGAAAGGAGCUGCUCUGGCCACACCCAGAAUUAUUCUUUGGCAUCCCUGCCCCGGUUGGAAAUGCACCCUUGGAAGUUUCCCCGUGUUCCCAGUGCCCAGCUGCAGCCUGCUGGGCCUGGAUGGGCACACAGGGUCACGCUGCCCCAGAGGGACUGGUGCUGCUCAUUUCCUCAUUGCCAGGCUGCAAACCUGGCUGGAAUUCUGGGAGGUUUGCUCUGGGGAGCCCGGGAAGGGCUGGUGGCCACUGCUGGUUUAUUCUGCUCUGCUGAGUGUGCUGAGGAACACCACAAAAACAAUGGGCUGGAAUGAAGCUCCUGGGGCUGAGUGGGGUGACAGUGGGGCCACAGGGCACUCCUCUGCCUGGGGACAAUUCCUGCCUUUCCACGUGCCCAGGAAGCUGCUGCUGCUCUGGUUCAAGGCAUUAAACAACAACCAAGUGUUGGUAUGUCCCACUGAGGCUCUGCUGGCCCCAUCCCUCCUGCCAGACUUCCACCAGCAUGGGUGGGCAUUGCUUCUCCUGCUUUGGGAAUGGUCCAGCUGUCUUCCCCCCAGAUGUUCCUCUCCACCUGCCUGUUUCAGCCCUGGCCCCUGGUUAUUCUCCUCCAGCGGUGCCUCUGUCACACCUGCCCAGGUUUGUCCCCUCACUUUGUCCCUCUCUGGCUCCUCUGAGUGCCCAGAGCAGUUCCAGCUUUGCUGCAGCCCAGCUCCUGCUCCUGCUCCCCCCUGUCCAGAGCAAAGCAGCUGUCCCCAGCAGGUGACAGGGCUGGGAUGGGGCUUUCCUGGAGCUGCAGGAUCAAACCGUGAGAAAUGGAGCUUGAACCUUCUGCCCUGAGCUCCUGGGCCAGUGCUUGGAGCUGCUCUGAGUGACUGAGCCCCUCUGGAAGGGUUCAGAGAGCUGAGCUGUAAACACUGCUCAGGCCUGUCCUCGGGGUCACCUCUGGCAUUUCAGCACUCUGGAAUGCUGCCCUGUGUCACCUCCUCGAGGAGGAGAGAGCUUCUUGGAGAGGUGAAGCAUCUCUUGUCCCCUGGAAUCCCUGGCUGCUGAAAUGGUAACAGCUGAUCUGAGCAGGGAGCAGGGAAGGCAGGGCAGCUCUGGCUCGGCCUCUGCAGAGCUCAGGGGAGAGAUCUGCAUCCCUGAGCUGCUGGGGGCAGCUGGGAGGGGUGGCAAGGGGAUGUCUGGGACUGGCAGGGCUCUGCACAUCCCUGGGGAAAACGGCAGCAUGUGGGGAAUGUGCUCACCCUGUUCAUCGACAGGCUUUCCCCUCAAACUGCUCAAAACUAGAGAGCAAUGAACUGCUGAGCAAUGUGGGAAAACAAAAACAGCUAAAAACCCUUCCCUAAAGACACGAGAGCCCUCCCCAUCCCUGCCUUGGCAGGGAAAAGCCAGCCUGAAGCCUCUGAGCCACGUCAGCUCGCAGCUAUCACAGCUAUCCCACCCUGCUGGCAGGGAAGGGAUGGAACCGGGGCAGCUCCAAACCCCGAGGCUGCUGCUGGGGUGGGCACCAGCUACAGGGCUGCUGGGGGUGUCCCGGGCAGGGUCACCCUGCUGGGGGUGCCCCAGCCCCGGGAGGGUCCCUGGCAGCUGGGCAGAGGGUGGCACCUGAGCCCCAAGGGGAGCUCGCCCAGCUGGGAGGGGCAGGAAUCCAAGGCAGCUUUGCUGCUCUCCCCUGCCCUUGCCCCGUGGGCCCCAGCCUGGCUUUAACUCUC